GCAACCGAGUAUUACGAUAGAAACGUGGUGAUCUGUGAGGAAGCGUAUACUAAUACUUCAAAGACUUGCGGUGCAUGGGCAAAAUCAACUUUUAAAGAAAAGCAAGCUCUUUGUUUGCAAAGACUGCAGAGCAAAAAUGGAGAGACUUUAAUG